UGGUUUUUCAGAGGAUGUGGUUCGAGGUGCUGAGACCUCAUGUGUGUCUGUUUGUGAAUGAGUUUCCGCUUUGAAUCGUGUCCUGUCAGGCGUGUGCAUUAUUUGGCGUCUGUUGUGUCGGUUUAGUUAUGCGUCAACAUGAAUCAUGAGUGUUUGUCAUCUACUAUGUGUGAAUCAUAUGGGUGUGCUAAGCGUAUGCAUGUGUUUGAAUGAGUAAUGUUAAAAAAGCUUUCUCAAUGGAUGCAUGAGAACAGAUUGGAUGUUUUUCAAGCUUAUAUAUAUUACAAUAUAACGUCUUAAACUUCUUUCAAAAACAUUUCAUGACAUUUCUCAACUCUAUUUUUAUUUGUAACAAAGACUCUAUUACCUCAAGCUGAGAUAAAUAUUAUAUACCUUAAAAAAUGUAAGCAAAAAAAUGAGGAAAAUCUAGAUGAAGACAAAAGAGAAUUAUAAAAUGUAAAAAGUCAACUGAAUAAUUGAACUGUAACUAAUAAUCCGUCAAGCAUCUCAAACUGUAAAUUUUUAAUCCUUGACAGCUUCAAGCAUUUCAACUAUUAUUUGAUACACACGAUUACGGUUUGCUGUUGUAUAGAAUAUAAAUAAUUAUUCAAACAUGUGUUUUUAGAGGUACGUGACAAUAAAGUUUUGUUUAGGAACCACAUGACCAUAUAUACAUCAAGCCUUUUCGGUAUAGAAAUAAAAUAAACUUGAUUAAAAUCAAACGAUAACAAGAGAAAAUGUCAAACAUAAUGUAUUCAUGUGCCUGCCGGUUUGUUGACAUUAUUAAUACAUUUCCAUCAGCCAACUUUAAUAUUGCCAUCAGACGGGUGAUCAUUUUACUAACAAAUACUCGUGAGUAGAAAUUUGGAUCCUGAAAAUGUUCCCACCAUUCUGAAUCUAUACCAAAAAGUCAUACUGAUAGAACACGUCAGCAGAAAUAACAGGUCAGAUCUACCAUAUUUAUAUACAUUUACCUGUAUGCAUGUGGUCUGUGUUGCGUAUGUAAUCCUGUGGUUUCCCUGUAGGGAAAUAUUGUCACUUGUUGUUUUUUAUCCCUUUUAGGGAUUUUUUUGUCCGUCCAUACUGUUGAUGUGUUUAUGUGUGUCACAGGUAGUCAGAAUGAACUAUGUGGGUCAGUUGGCGGGGCAGGUGUUGGUGACGGUGAAGGAGCUGUAUAAAGGUUUAAAUCAGGCCACUCUCUCAGGCUGUAUUGAUGUGGUGGUGAUACGGCAGCCUGACGGGACGUACCUGUGCUCACCUUUCCACAUCCGCUUUGGCAAACUGAGGGUCCUACGCUCUAGAGAGAAGGUGGUGGAUAUAGAAGUGAAUGGAUCACCAGUUGAUCUUCACAUGAAGCUGGGAGAUAAUGGAGAAGCAUUCUUUGUACAAGAGACCCAGCAGGACAGUGAGACAAUUCCUGCCCAUUUAGUUACAUCACCCCUACCAUCAGACUGUGAUGCGGUGUUCUGGGGACAAGAGUCACCUGUGAUAGGUUCAUGCGUAGAGGACGGGGUCAUGGAGGAUGACAGCACUGUGAUGAAAAAGAAAAAAAGGAGAAGAAGAAAACCUAAAACGACCGAACAGAGGAUAGACGAGCAGAGUCCUCCUAGAGCAAACCAGGUGUCGGGCAGUGAAGUGAGACAAUCUCUCAGACGGUUCGACAGCUAUCCUCUCUCUGAUGGAGAAUGGCCGACAGACAGAAGUGUUCAGGAGUCCAGUUCUGCUAAGAGUGAUUCAGAACUGAUGAAGAAUUGCUCAGACAGAUCUGAUCAAGACUCACAUAUGCAGUGGACGUGGGGAGAACUGCCGGAAUCUAAAAAGAGAGAUCGAGCACAAUCCCUUCAGAACAUCAUCCUUGAUGAUAUGAUGACACACGGUCUCCAGUCCGCCGAACAUGUCUGUCCGAUCCUCAGACCUCAACCCAGAACUGCUCAACCUCACACAAACAAACCUCAGACAUCUUAUCCCCUCAAAGAUCACACACAAAGACCUGGACACCACACGGGACGUCCUGCAUCAGCAUCACAGCAUCAGACAGAGAAAACACAUCUGAUCACAUCCGAGCUACAAACGCACCUGCUGGAGCAUCAUCCAAACAAACUGACUCCACAUUCGUCCAAACUAGAACCUCAUAUUCUCAAAGCGUCAUCAGACUGUGUGUGUGGACAUCAACCGUCAGCUCAUCCGCUGGGAGACGUGAAGGAGAUCUCCCCUGAGUCUCAGAACAUCUCAGAAUCACCCUGCAAGAGGAAAGUUGUGAGGAGGAGAAGUCAUCAUCAGGGACCUGAAGACAUUUACCUGGAUGACCUCAAUGGGCUGGAACCACACAUAGCUGCUCGCUACUUUCCCAAUAGUGAUCUGUUUAGGGGACACUGGGAGGAAGACUGUGAGCGUUCUCCAUCUCCACAGUCGACAAGCAGCGGUACGGCCGUAGACAGUGGAACAGAGUGUUCAUCUGAACCGCCUUCUGAUCUGCUGUCUGUGUCUCUGUCUCUCUGUGGAGGUCUGGGAGAUGAUGCAGACAUCAAUAAAGAGAAAUUUCUGGAUCAAAUGGUCACACAUCAGGAGUUUGCAGACAAUCCAAACAUCAUUGACAAUCCAAACCUGGUGGUGAAAAUUGGCAACAGAUAUUAUAACUGGAUGCUGGCAGCGCCUUUGAUUCUCAGCAUGCAAGCGUUUCAGAAGAAUCUGCCUAAGGCUGCAGUGGAGGGUUGGGUUAAAGAAAAAAUGGCCAAAAAGACAAAGAGCUGGUGCUUCUGGAGGAAGAGUAAGUCACAAUCCAAAAAACAAGAGACAGCAAACACAGUCGGAGUCUCCCACCAUGAAGAAUACAGACCCUCACAACAGGUGACUGCAGACAGCUCGAGCGAGGAGGAAUCCAGAGAACUGAACCCCACAGCGUUAGAAAACCAUCACACGACCUCCUUUAAGAAAUCACUGCGACUCUCAUCAGAGCAGAUCGCCGGUCUUGGGCUCAAAGAUGGACCCAAUGAUAUUGUGUUCAGCAUCACGACGCAGUAUCAGGGCACAUGUCGAUGUGAAGGAACCAUCUACUUGUGGGAUUGGAGUGACAAGAUCGUCAUAUCUGAUAUUGACGGCACGAUCACAAAGUCUGAUGUUUUAGGUCAGUUUCUUCCUCAGCUCGGUAAAGACUGGACCCAUCAGGGCAUCGCCAAACUUUACCACACCAUACAUGAAAAUGGCUAUAAGUUUCUCUAUUGUUCUGCACGGGCCAUUGGCAUGGCGGGCAUGACCAGAGGCUAUUUACAUUGGGUUAAUGAUGAAGGAACCAUUUUACCAAGAGGACCUCUGAUGCUGUCACCCAGCAGUCUGUUCUCUGCUUUCCACAGGGAGGUGAUUGAGAAGAAGCCGGAGAUAUUUAAGAUUGAGUGUAUGACAGACAUAAAGAAUCUUUUCCCUCACAAUUUACAGCCGUUCUAUGCAGCCUUCGGCAACCGCAGUAAUGGAAGAUUGAUUGUUGCUUAUUGUCCACCGAUCUCCCUACAUUGACACAGAGAACAUGAGCACGCUGAUGACGUAUGAAGUCCGCGUGAACAGGGUGCGCAGUGCUAUGCAAAAUACAUUGGCUGAAAAUGUAGGCAAACCCACGACCAGUCGCAGCGUUCGGCCAGAACGUUUUGAUUGGACGAACGUUUUUUGGUCCCAUGCCUUUCACAGACGAUACAUAAUUAUAAAAAUAUCAUUGGACCACUAUUCUUCUUGAUUGCUAUCAGAAUGUAAAGAGAUUUCCAACCAACAUGACAAAAAAAAAUUCUGGAGAGGACCGCCUACCAUGCCUUUAAAAAUAUGUGAAAAACGUAUCUGCAUCUGACACAUUGUUCAUUAUAUCAUGGUGUUGUAAAAUUGCUCUGAUGUGGAAUCUGUUUUUGUGUAUUUCAGGAUGUGUUUGCCUAUAAACACACUGGUGUUCCUACAUGUCGCAUCUUCACAGUGAACACGAGAGGAGAAGUAAAUCAGGAGCAAUGCAAAACACUCAAGAC